ACUAGUGUAGAUGUCAUAUCCACCCAUCAUCCCUUUGCUUUGAAAUCAGCCCUCUUCCCGGUCAUUCGUAUUUGUGUUUGCGCAUUCAUUUUCAUCGGUAUUGCAGCCCCUUCGACCCCAUUCCCAUGGACUUGCGAGCACGUUACUCGGUAACAGUCGGCCAGCUCGAUUCCAGCUUUUCCCCAUCGUGAGCUCGGCUGAUUGGCCCGGUUCAACUUGAUCUCAGACCCCGACAAUGACGAGCGAGGCGCAACCCAGAGCGCAUGGCCGCGCGCCAAUUGUAAUGAUCGAUGCAGAAGAAACCAGACAAGAUAGUCUAGCAGAGACGACAGCUCUGCUCGAUGCGCGCUCCGGACAACAAGUGGAGGAUGAGGCUAGACGGCAGAGCUGGGGAGCUGAUGAUGAUUUCCACGGCUUGCCUUGGUGGAAGACUCCUACUGUAUACUGGCUAAUUGGACCCUAUUUCCUGUACACUCUAGCCUUUGGGGGCGUGAUUGUCCCCAAAAUCGAGUUAAUUGUAACAUUAGUCUGUCGCCACUACUUUGCCGAGCAGCAGGUGCUGGACCCCGACCAGACCUUUUUGCCUGUGAUCAUAGGUGGGAAUAAUCUCCAGUGCAACUCGGCGCCUGUUCAAAAGAACGUAGCAGCAUUCACACUGGUGUUGAGCGCCCUGGCUGGCGGCCUCAGCGCGUUCACUGCUCCGAAACUGGGCUCUCUCUCCGACCGUUUUGGGCGGAAGCGGUUGCUUGUCAUCGCCUCCUUUGGUGGUAUCGUGAAUGAAACCAUUACCAUCCUGGCCGCAAAAUACCCUGAUGUUAUUGACUAUCGCUUCCUCAUACUAGGCAGCUUUUUCGAUGGAAUUACGGGAUCUUUCACGGCAGUCUCAGUGCUGGGAAGUUCGUAUGUCAGCGACUGCACGCCUCCGUCGAAGCGUGCCGUUUCUCUUGGAUACCUUCAAGCGUGUCUGUUCGGGGGCCUGGCAAUCGGCCCCAUUCUAGCUGGAAAGCUCACCGUCUUGACUCAUUCUGUGCUUUCACCCUUCUAUGUUUCGUUGGGCUGUCAUCUUACUCUCAUCUGUUUUAUCUGGUUCGUAGUGCCAGAAUCGCUGUCCAAGCAACGCCGGAUCGCGGCGCAAGAGAAAUACCAAGCCGAACAAGAAGCACUGCGAGUGGCCCUAUCACGCUCCGUCGAGAGUCAGUCACGGCUCCCUGCUUGGAUAGCCAACGAUGCCCUUCGUACAUGGCUACUUCUUCUUUUAAACGCCAAUCCUUUGGCACCUCUUAAGAUGUUCGUCCCCAGUGGCCGAGAAAACCAGCGGCUGCGCCGCAAUUUACUUCUCAUGGGUUUCAUCGACACGGUGCUCAUAUCUGCGACUAUGGGUGCUGGAACAGUGUUAAUCCUGUAUGCGAAGUUCAUGUUUGAUUGGAAGACUCUGGAAUCUUCCCGCUUCGUAUCGAUCAUUAGCUUCUUCCGCGUCAUCGUCCUUCUCGUUUUCUUCCCCAUCGUCAAUUACAUCUUCCGCACUCGCCCACUACGCCACCAACAGAAGCUAAAUGGUAAUAUCCGCGCCGAAGAGUCUCAUUCUGGCGCCGAUAACCUUGAUAUCUGGUUGCUUCGAUUCGCUCUAUUAUUUGAUACGAUCGGUGUUCUAGGUUAUGUUUUCGUACGGACUGAAGAGCUCUUUAUCUUGUCAGCUAUAUGUACAUCGUUCGGUGGCCUAGCCAGUGCUACAAUCCAGGCCAUGCUAACCAAACAGGUCCCCACCGAAUACGUUGGUUCCAUGCUGGGGGCUGGGGGCUUAUUGCAUGCUGUCAGUCGGGUCUUCGCGCCUGUAAUCUUUGACGGCAUCUAUGCGGGCACCAUCGAGUCUUUUCCGCAGACGUUUGUGGUCGUCCUCGCAUCCCUGUUUGGGUUGUCUAUCCUUGCUAGUCUCUUUGUUCGGCCUUAUUUGGUCCUUAGUGAAAAUGGCUAUGCUCCAGUUUCAGAGCAGGAUUCCAGGAAUCAAGACAGUCUAACCAGCAUCGAUGCCACUGAACGUUCAAGUGAGACUCUACCGCGAGUCUAGACAUUAUACCGGCCUCAGAAUCAACGCAUUUCAUUAGCCUCUUUACUGUUUUUUUUUCUUUCUCAAAUUGCAUAUGCAUCUAUUUAUUUCAAUUACAAUAUAGACACUUAUGAUGUGGCAUACAUAUAGGAGCAUUCAUUGGAAGGGUGAUGGGAAUUUGGCGUUCAGGUGAGAUUGGUAGCUGCUCAAUUCAAUUACUCAGCGGUAUAGAACCACAGCAUGUUGCAUCUAUUGGGUAUAAGAAUGCUGAAAUUAGCGGCUGGC